AUGCCCUGCAAGCAGCUCUGGGUGCGGAGCUCCCGGGAGAUUGACACCUCCGAAAUGCCUGAGCGCAUUAGUCGAAUGACACCAGCGGCGCAGCCACCGGCUACUGAGAAGAGACAGGACGCCAAGCUCCGUGCCUCCCUGCACAGGCUGCUGGGCAGCCGCAAAUUCACAGCGCUUGUGAGCUGCAUCGUCUCCAUCAACGUCAGCUCCUCGGCUGUGGAGACCAACUACCGCUGCCGGCUGUGCUGGGGCACCUUGUUUGAGGUCACAGAUGCCUUCUUCAUCGCUGUUUACACCACCAAGCUUUUGCUGAAGGUGUACGUGGCUCCCAUCACCUACUGGAAGAGCGGCUACAACAUCUUGGAUGCCACCAUCCUCCUCAUCACCUUCCUCCCGCACGUCUUGCCUGUGGACACCACCACGUGCACCCACCUGGAGGGGACAAACCAAAGAUCUCCAGACCCUUCGCGUACUCAAGCUCAUCAAGUACAGCAGCGGGAUGAGGAGACUCUUGGCGAGAUGGUGCAGACAGUGAUGUAUGCCCUCACCCUGCUGUUCCUGCUGACGUUUGUGUUUGCUGGUUUGGGACAUGGAUGGUAUGGAGAUCCCAGAACUGGAGACACCGGAAACUGGGGCAGCUUGAAAGCUGCCCUCUUCAUGCUCUUCAGUUUAAUAACCGAAAGUACAGUUGAUGGUUGGACAGACUUACAGUGCGAGAUGGAUCAUUAUGGGUUUACAAGCAGCCACGUGUUCAUAGUUGUGUUCAUCUUGUUGGGCAACUUCGUCUUCUUCAAUAUGUUGAUUGCACUUGACUUGACUCAGAAGUACGAACAGGACUGCAAAGCAGUGAAGGCGGCUGCUGUUUGGGCCAAGAAACAGAAGAUCCUGAAAAAACAGGGGAAGAAUGUGAGCGACCUAGUCACGCUCGAGCAGCACAAAAUCACUCAAGGUGAAGAUUUCAGUGAGCUGCUGGAUGAUAUCAAAAAGACUUUGUGCCACUCUGAUAUCAUCAUUAUGGAGAGAUUUUACUUCACCAUCCCAUUUAUUGAUCUGUAUUUGCCGUUCCUGGACCUCUAG